AUGAUCAACAAGUUCUACCUAAAGAUUCAAAAUGCACAACAAAUUCACGUGUCCUUCCAGAAGUGCAAAAAUGUUCAAGCUUCAAAUCUCACAAUAUCUGCUCCCGAGGGAAGCCCCAACACCGAUGGCAUUCAUGUCUCAAAAUCCCAAAACAUUGAGAUUUCGAGUUGUACAAUAGGGACAGGUGACGACUGCAUUUCAAUAGUCAAUGGAUCGCAGAAUGUCCAGGCGACAGAUAUCACUUGUGGACCGGGUCAUGGCAUCAGUAUCAGAAGCUUGGGAUAUCGCAAUUCAGAAGCUUAUGUCUCAGGUAUAGUCGUGAAUAGAGCUAAGCUUUCAGGAACGAAAAAUGGUGUCCGGAUCAAGACAUGGCCGAAAAAUUCCUCGAAUUGGUUUGCCCUUUCCAUAAGGGAUAUAAUUGACAACUCGAAAUUGCACAUUAUUCCUUUCCGAUAUAGUGGAUCACUCAUUCUCGCUUAUCGAAGAACUCGCUUUCAAGUGAAGGCCCUCACUUGGCUCGGGGGAUAG